AUGAUUAUAGUCGAACAUUCACCAUCUAAACACGAAAAGCAAGGAGAGAUCGAGACAGUUCUCGAUCAUCUAAAAAGCGCACAGCGUGAAAUUUUCAUCCAACAAGAACAGUUCAAAAAGGAACGAGAGAACUUCGUGAAACAAAUCAAUGAAAGUCAACGCGUACUCAAUGAAACAAUAGCUAAUCAUCAGAACGAAACCCAAUCACUCCAGCGAGCGAUCGAAAGGCAGGACCAAAUCCUUACCGAACAAAAGAAAAAGUAUGAAGAAGCAACCCGGAACUAUCAAGAUGAAUUGCAACGUACACGAAGGGAAGCGGUAGAAUCGCAACGGAUAUAUGAUAUCUUAGUGGAAGAUAGAAAAGCUACGCAGGAGCAAAUACGAGCUGCACAAGAAGCCAACAAUUUGCUUCAAGCUAAAAUGUUUGAGUUAGCGUCUCGGCCCCCGCCGGAACCAGGUGGAGGCGAUUGCGUCAUUUUAUAA